AUGUGGCCGUCUUUUUGCGUAGAUAUGGAUUUGGAAUCAGAUUUUCAAGAAGACCGCUGGUUGUUCAAACAUUCGCCACAGGAAGGAAAAGUGGGACAUGAAAUGGCAUGCGCUUCGGUGCGUCCUACAGCGCGAGAUAUCGUCAGGCGAUUCUGUGCGAUUUUGCCAUACUUCGACAAGGAUCACACGAAUACGGCCUUCCUCCAUAAGUUCCGUGCCACAAUCAACAGCAUGCCUGACAGUGAGGACAUGCUGGACCGCGAGGCUGGCUUCUACGCUGCAGUCCUCACUCCCCUGGUCUUCCUCCAACAGUAUCGUGAUACAUGGUGUCUCCUGGAACGCUUUCACAGGGCGAUAAGGCUUUAUCAAGUCUCACAUCCGACUGAGAAGAGGUCGGCGUUAAAAUUGCUUCAGAAUUUAAGAGCAGUCAAUCAGAAAAUUCGAGGAUUCAUUUUCGAGCUGCCAGGUCAGGAGCAAACUCCUAGAACGACGCCACCGCCAGAGGGAGAAGAAGACGACGCAAUUCAUGAUAAAAAAGAUAUUAGGUAUCUCAAAGAAUUGAUUAAAAACCUGGCAAAGCAACUAAAACGGCAAGAUAUCGACCGAAACAAAAUAACCAUAUUGAUAUCCACAACGGACAAGUUUAAAAAGUUUAUUAUGGUUCAGGCCUCAGUAUCGCUAGAAGCCGAUGUUGGUUAUCUCUGA